AUGAAUUAUCGAUCUCGACUUUCAGAGUCAGUUUUGUCUAAUGAAACAUAUCUAUUUGAGUUCAACCAUAUAUUCGAUAGUGACCCAGAUAAAAUAUCCCCUUUAACUCUUAAAAACGGAUCAAGAUUUAUAUUCUCUUCAUCAAGUGAUGAUGAAUCCGGACUCAAACAAGACAAAUUCAAUACACCAAAGAAGUAUAAUUACAAUACACCUAAAAUUAGCAAAUCAACAACAAAAAUUUCACAAAAAGAAAAUUAUCAACAAUCAACUCCAAAAACAACAACAAAUAAAGAAACCCAUUCAAAAACCUCGCCUUUUAAACGAAAAUUCCUCGAUAAUUCUAGUUCAGAUGAUGAUAAUUAUAAAUCUACUCCCAGAAUCAAAAGAGAUAAUGCCAAAUCAGCCUAUAAUUAUAAUAAUAAGUUCCUCAAAGGAAUUGAUUAA